AUGCUCGUCGGUCGCCAAGUAUCAUCGGCAGCUCGUGCGGCUGGCCGCACCGCACACGCUCUGCCUCGCGCUCGCAACUACGCUACCGUCUCAGAGUCCCCAGUCGCCGCACCGGGUCGCGCCCACAAGGUCGUCGUGGUGGGUGGUGGCUCGGCUGGUAUGGCCAUCAGCCAUCAGCUGUUGCAGUCGGGCAAGUUCUCCCAGGACGACAUUGCGAUUGUCGACCCCGCCGAAUGGCACCACUACCAACCCGGCUGGACGCUCGUUGGCGGUGGCCUCAAAACCAAGGAGGAAUUGCGACGACCACUGAAGGAGUUGGCCGACUCCAAGUUGAAGCUCUACGCUGACAGCCUCAACUACGAGCAAUUGAUCGUGGCUCCCGGUCUGGCGCUAAACUGGGGCGCCAUCAAGGGUCUGCCCGAAGCGUUGGCUGACCCGACCGCUCCUGUCUCUUCCAUCUACGGCUACGAUUCCGUCAGCAAGGUCUUUGGUACCAUCAAGAGACUGGAGAAGGGCAAUGCAAUCUUCACUCAACCGGCCGGCGUGAUCAAGUGUGCGGGUGCUCCGCAGAAGAUCAUGUGGCUCGCUCUGGAUCACUGGAAGCGUGCCGGUCUCUACGACCCGGCUGACCCGGCCGGAUCUCCGAUCAAGAUCAACUUCGCCACCGGGUUGCCAGUCAUGUUCGGCGUGCCCAAGUACAACAAGGCCCUGACGGCACUGCAGCAAGAGCGUGGUGUAAACGGUCUCUUCCAGCACGACCUGGUCGCCAUUGACGGCAACAAGGCCACCUUUGCCCGCCCCGAUGGACAGGGGCAAGUCACCACCACCUUUGACCUGCUCCACGUAGCCCCCAAGAUGGGCGCGCCUGCCUUUGUCAAGAACAGCGUUCUCGCCAACGAGGCUGGCUUUGUCGACGUGGACGACGCCACCACCCGUCACAAGAAGUUCGGCAAUGUCUGGUCCGCGGGCGAUGCCUCUUCUCUGCCCACGUCUAAGACCGCGGCUGCAGUGACCUCGCAGUCGCCCGUGCUGGUGCGCAACCUGCUGCAGACCAUGGAGGGUAAGCAGCCGGAUGCGCAUUACGAUGGAUACACCUCCUGCCCACUCCUGACCGAAUACGGCAAGGUGCUCCUCGCCGAGUUCAAAUACGGUGGAGUGCCCAAGGAGACGUUUGGGGACUGGUUCGGUAUCGAUCAGGCCAAGCCGCGCCGAUCCUUCUAUCACUUGAAGAAGGACUUUUUCCCAUGGGUGUACUACAACGCCAUGGUGAAGGGCAACUGGGCCGGGCCGAAGGGGUGGAUCAACUAG